AUGUCUUUAUCCGCCACCUCUCCACCCACACCACCACCUUUGGCUAAUGAAGAUAGAGGGUCAUUUGUAACAGCGAUAUUUUGGGUCGAGACUGGAAUCGCCAUUCUGUUCGUUUGUGGACGUUUCUACGCAAGAACGCUCAUCGGGGCGCUUGGCCUUGACGACUGGUCUAUGCUUCUAACUGUGGUAAGCCAGUUGAUUGUUCCUAGUCUGAUUAUAACGCAAAAUGAAUCGGCGCAACAGACCCUCCUCAUCGCUACAAGCGGUGUGGUGACCAGCACGUCUAACCUUGGAGGCUUUCGACACUCUGCUUAUGUGCCGCCGGAGAACGCCACCCAAGUGAUUUUGAACACCUACAUCCUUCAAACAUUGACAACUUUUGCCUUCGGGACCAGCAAAUUCUCUAUAGGAUACAUGAUUCUACGACUGUUAUCGACCGGCUCCGUCAAGCGUAGACGGUUUAUCUGGGGACUGAUAAUAUUUGCCUGCAUCUAUAAUUGGGGAGAAGCCCUCUCAAUAUGGUUUCAGUGCAUGCCUACAAGGGCGCUGUGGGAUUUCACCAUCGCAGGGACUUGUUGGAGUCUUGAAGCAAAGUUAAUCAACAUAUACGUUGGCGGUACCUGGAAUAUCGUCAUUGAUUUCAUUCUUGCUCUGUUUCCUGCUACAUUUAUCUGGAAGCUGAAAAUGGCCCUGGGUCAACGAGUGUCUCUUUCUGUUCUUCUGGGUCUCAGUCUUCUAGCUGGCAUGUGCGGUAUCGCCAAGCUCACCUACGUACACUUGCUUAGGGACCUCUCCGACGUGACAUGGAAUAACAUUCCACUGGAGCUUUGGACAGGCUCAGAAGUUUUCGUGAUAAUUAUAUGUGGCAGCGUGCCGCCCUUGAAAGUCAUCUGGGAUCAGCUUGUCAAGAAGAUACGCCAGAUACGCCAUGUCCCAAUGAGUCCCGACACCUAUACGCGUGCAGAAAAUGGUUAUAUUGAGAUGUCGGGCAAGCAUAGGAAUGAAGCCAGUCCGUUGAGCUCUACUACAGAGGAUGGUGGAUCAAGAUGGAUGACUGCGACAACGGAAAUUCAGAUCACCAACGAGAGUGGGUAA